UUUGAAAUAAAAGGGGAGGCGAACAGAGAGGAGAGAGAGAGAAGAGAGAGAGAAGAGAGAGAACAGUGUAGUAGCAGAGGGUUUGAGGGAGAAGGCAGCCAGGCAUUAUCCCUUGGGAUCUGCAAAUUCUCUCAUAAAAAUUUUAUAUUUCUCGUGGCAAGAGUGAGAAACAGUGGGGCUUGAAGAUGUAUACAGAGGGCCGCAAUGGCCUUAAAUGGGCCAGUGAGGGCUCGGUGCACGAUCCAAUCCUCAACAUGCGAAAUGGUGUUAGGAACUUUGGGCUCCCUCCCUCCAAGCUCAGGAGUGCAUAUAUGUCUGCUCCCCAAGUAAUGCCUGGGGAUGAAAGUGGCUUUGGUACUGAGUCGCAAUAUUCAACUGAUUCUGAGGAAUACAUUUAUGGGGGAAGAUACUCCCUCGAUUCAUCUCCACAAGAGGAGAUUAGGGUUUUUAAUCGUAAGCCUUCUAAUGGAAGUGCUCAAAGAUACAAUACUCCAGUUUCUAUGCAACAACAGUAUUCAAGUGAUCGCCUUUAUUCAGAUUAUAGUUCAUCAAGGGAAACUUUGAUGCCUAACUCAAGUGGCACUGUGCAAAAUGGACCGGUCUUUGUCUCAGAGAAACCGGGAUUGAGGGGAGUACGAUAUCCCAAUGGCGAGUGCGCUGACUAUGUAGAGGAUGAGUCAUCAGAUUCGGCAGGGAGCUCUGAGGUUACGCAAAGGGAGAGCAAACAUUUUCCCCAUGGAAGAAGAGAUGAAGGCUUCAUUUCUGAAGAGAUUGAAGCAAGAACUUUACGGCAAAACAAACUAUCAGAAGACAUUCCAAGUGCUCCCCCAUUUAAUGGCUCUGGAAAGGAAAAUAACCAUGCCGUUCAUCAAAAGCCACUGAAUACUGCCUCCACGGCACCAAAUGCUGCAGAUGCAGCCAGGUCUGCUAGGGCAGACCCCACAUUGGACAAAGACCUAGGUCAUGGGGUCAGUGCACAUGAUAAUAAGGCAACUGAGCUGCCCAAUCAAUGCACCAGGCCUGCCAGUGUUGUUUCUGGGGAAGCAGUGGGUUCAUCCAUUGGCCCUUUACCAGUACGUGCACCCACCUUUCAUGUCAGUGGACAGGGGCCAUGGCAAGCCGUUAUUGCGUAUGAUGCAUGUGUCCGGCUUUGCCUUCAUUCAUGGGCUAGGGGUUGCAUGGAAGCCCCUGUAUUUUUGGAGAAUGAAUGUGCUCUACUUCGAAAUGCAUUUGGUUUGCAACAGAUAUUGCUACAACCAGAAGAAGAAUUACUGGCAACACGUGCUAAGGAUAUUUUGCCAGAGGGAGCUGCACCAAAGCCCAAAAAAACCAUUGGCAGAAUGAAGGUGCAAGUGCGUAAAGUGAAGAUGAUGCUGGACAUGCCAUCUGGAUGCAGUUUCUCAUCUUUGGGACCAUCAAAAAUAAAAUUGGAUUCACUUAAGAGUCGAAUGUCCAAUUUUCAAUCAACUGUUUCUGCUGGAUGGGAUGCUGUCAAGAGAGUUCGGGUUAUACCUCGUACACCCGCCCAUGCUACUUUCUCAAGGCAUAGCUUGGCUUAUGUUCAAGCUAGCACUCAAUAUAUUAAGCAGGUGUCUAGUCUUCUAAAAACUGGGGUUACUACAUUGCGCAACAGUUCUUCUUAUGAAGUUGUGCAAGAGACUUACUAUUGUUUGUUGAGAAUGAAAAGUUCACCUGAGGGUGAAGCAUUUAGGAUGCAGCCAGGAUCUGGAGAGUCCCAUUUCUUCUUACCAGACAGUCUAGGGGAUGACCUAAUUGUUGAGGUUCUUGAUUCCAAAGGAAACAUUCAUGGUCGCGUGCUUGCCCAAGUGGCUACUAUUGCUGAGGAUCCAAAUGAAAAGCUUCGGUGGUGGUCCAUCUAUCAUGAGCCAGAACAUGAGCUUGUAGGGAGACUGCAACUCUACAUAAAUUACACUACCACCCCAGAUGACUUGAAUUCCUUGAAGUGUGGCCCUGUAGCAGAAACUGUGGCAUAUGACUUGGUUCUGGAAGUGGCACUGAAAGUUCAACAUUUUCAGCAAAGGAACUUAGUGUUGCAUGGGUCAUGGAGGUGGCUACUCAUGGAGUUUGCAUCAUAUUAUGGGGUUUCAGACGCAUAUGCCAAACUAAGAUACCUUUCUUAUAUUAUGGAUGUGGCAACACCCACAGAGGACUGCUUGGUCCUCGUGCAUGAUUUGCUAGUGCCUGUAGUGAAGAGUCGGCUGGAGAACACUCUAAGUCGUCAAGAGAAACGCAUCCUGGGAGAAGUGGAGGAGCAGGUUGAACAGAUUCUUGCGCUAGUGUUUGAGAAUUACAAGUCUUUAGAUGAGUCAUCUUCUUCAGGUCUGAUCAAUGUUAUGAGGCCUGCAACUGGAGUUCCUGCACCUGCUUUGGUGCCUGCUGUAAAGCUUUUCAGUCUUCUUCAUGAUAUACUCUCUCCAGAAGUACAAUUGAGUCUAUGCAGUUAUUUUCAGGCUGCUGCAAAGAAGAGAUCACGAAGGCACAUGUCAGAAACUGAUGAGUUUGUUGCGGCUAACAAUAACGAAAAUGAUGUUGUGGCUCUUUCUACCGCUUACUCAAAGAUGAAAACACUUUGUGUAAAUGUCAGGAAUGAAGUCUACACCGAUAUUGAGAUUCAUGAACAGCAUGUACUCCCUAGCUUUAUUGAUCUCCCAAAUAUCACAGCAUCUAUAUACAGCGUGGAGCUCUGCAGUAGAUUGCAAGCAUUUCUUGUUGCAUGCCCGCCUUCUGGCCCUUCACCACCAGUCGCGGACCUUGUCAUUGCUGCUGCAGAUUUUCAAAAGGAUCUUGCUUGCUGGAAUAUCAGUCCUAUGAAAGGAGGUGUUGAUGCUAAAGAAUUGUUCCACUUGUAUAUAAUCCUUUGGAUCAAAGAUAAGCGCAACAUAUUGCUUGAGUCAUGUAAACUAGAUAAGGUAAAGUGGUCAGGGGUCACAACACAACAUUGCACAACCCCAUUUGUUGACGAUAUGUAUGAUCGUCUGAAAGACACAUUGAAUGAGUAUGAGAUCAUCAUUUGCCGGUGGCCUGAAUACACAUUUGUUUUAGAAAAUGCUGUUGCUGAUGUUGAGAAGGCAGUGAUUGAGGCCUUAGAGAGGCAAUAUGCAGAUGUUUUGGCACCACUCAAGGAUAGCAUGACACCCAAAAAGUUUGGCUUGAAAUAUGUUCAGAAACUUGCCAAACGAAAUUCUCUAUGCCCUUAUAAUGUUCCUGAAGAAGUAGGUAUUUUCCUCAAUACCAUGAAACGGUUACUAGAUGUGCUGCGCCCCAAGAUUGAGACGCAGUUAAAGUCAUGGGUUGCCUGCAUACCGUCGGGUGGAAGUUCAGUUGCUGGUGAACGCCUAAGUGAAGUUACAGUGAUGCUAAGAGCUAAGUUCAGAAAUUACUUGCAAGCUAUCGUAGAAAAGCUUGCUGACAAUACACGACUUCAGGGUGUGACUAAACUGAAAAAGAUCAUCCAAGAUACGAAGGAUGCAGUUGGGGAGUCUGAGAUUAGAGAAAGAAUGCAGCCAUUGAAGGCUCUGCUCACAGACACUAUUUGUCAUCUUCACAAUGUUGUUGAGAGUCACGUUUUCAUUGCGUUAUGUCGGGGAUAUUGGGAUCGAAUGGGUCAGGACGUGCUCAACUUCUUGGAGAAUAGGAAAGAGAAUAGGUCAUGGUAUAAAGGUUCACGAGUUACAGUAGCGAUAUUGGAUGACACAUUUGCAUCUCAGAUGCAGAGACUGAAGGGGCAUGCUUUGCAAGAGAAGGACUUGGAGGCUCCGAGGUCAGUAAUGGAGGUGCGGUCUAUGCUCUGUAAGGAUGCACCAAACCACAAGGACUCCAACUAUUUCUACUACUAGAUGGAUGGGCCGGAUAUUGUAGAUAGAAAAGAGGUGAAUCAAAGGCAUAUUGGGCUUAUUUUUGAAGAUAAUGAAGGGAAAUAUAACGGCCUACAAGAAUCAUCAAAGGAUAAAGAUUUCGGAAUCUCUGGCAGGAGAGAUGCAUCUGAUCUCUUGAGCAAGAAAAUAUAAGAACCAUGUCAUAAUCAAGUCUUCAUCUCUCUCUCUCUCUCUCUCUCUCUCUCUCUCUAUGAUUGUGCUCAUAUAUAUGUACAGGUGAAAGGGACAUAAUUAAGUUGAAAUAGGACUGUAUUAGUGGGUUCUAUUCCAAGAAUGCUGAAGAGCCCCGAUCUGGUUUUGAAUGGUGUUAUUUGUUUAUUUUUCAUUUAGAAUGAAUCAAGAAAAGGGCCUGUUAUACAGGUUCGUUUACAAGCCUUACCUGCUGUGCAUUUCUGUCCUUUUAAUUAUGCGAAUGCAUUUGGCAGAGAUGGAUCCCCACAGCCCCGGUGAUGUGUGCACAUUCUUGUUCAAUUCAAUCGAUUUUCUUCAGUGAGCAUGCAUUUUGGCUCUCAUUUGUCUGGAUAUUUUGGCACACUUGUAUGGACAGUUGAUUAAGGUAUGUUAUUUGAGAA